AUGAACCAUGUAUCCGACAGUGAAUUGAUAUCAUUCUGCCUGAAUGGACCACCCGACAACCUCAUCGGAGACAGAGACACACGCAUCGUCAAAGUCUCCAAGGAUACAGCGAUAAAAUUCGGCAUGAGUAUCUCGGAAGAUGAAUUCCUCAAUCAUCAGAUCGCAUAUGAUCUCGUUGACCAGACCCGUGUGCAAAUCCCACGUGCUCACCGAUUUUUUACCGACGGCCUUGGCCGCGGAUACAUCGUGGUGGAGCACGUUGAAGGAAAUGUGAUAGAUCCACUGACCGAUCCCGUCUUGAUCAAGAGACUCAGCAACGUGCUGAACUACCUGCACACGAUCCGAGGCACCAAACCCGGAAGUCUCAGCGGAGGUCCCUGUCAUGGUCUCCUCUGGCCCGACAAUGAAAGUGUGAUGUUCGAAAGCAAAGAACAGCUGGAGUCGUGGCUCAACAGCCGACUUUCCCAGGAAGGUGGAAACGUAUCGCUGGAAGAUGAUAAUCUAGUCCUCUGCCAUUUGGACGUUACGCCGCGAAAUAUCAUCUGGAAGCCUGACGGCUCUAUUUGCUUGGUGGGCUGGGCUUCUGCGGGCUUUUAUCCUCGAUUGUUUGAGUUCUGGGCCCAGUGGGUCGUUGAUGGAAAGGAGGGUCCGUUUAAUAAGCUUUUGCUUAAUUUGAUGAAGCCUCUUUCGUGUGAUGAAAAGUUACAACAGUGGCCACUUUGCCGCAUCUGGCAUGCUAAUCGGGAACAAAAUUUUCGUCCCAAUCGGAAUCUCAUUGAUGUUCCCCAGCCUACGGAGCAAGAGAAGACGACAGUACGAGUUCCUGAGACUCCAGUGGCCCUGCCUUCGGUAGAAGACCACAAUUCCACGCCCACUGCCGUUGAAAAAGUGAACGGAAACGCUUCAGAGCACUAUUCCAAACGAGAAAGCCGACCACCCAAGACAAUCAUGUCUGUGUCACUACGGACUGCCAAUUUCAAUAUUCGACAAUUUUCGACUAGCCACCCGAUUGCUUUGGCAGCUGUUCUCGGUACAGUAGCUAUACUCGGUAUCUGGGUGCGGAAACGACAAUCGAUAUAG